GCCCCUCUUGGCAGGCCGGCCAGGGUGAGGUGGGGUGGGCACUGCCCUGUGCCCCUCAGCUCCCAGGGGCAGGGCCUCCCUCCUGGCUGCCUCCUUGAGCCAUGGCUGUGGAGGCUGUGGCUGUGGGCUGGCCUGUCCGCGUCUUGCCCUUCUUCCCCUGAUGGAGGCGGUCGUCCUGAUCCCCUACGUGCUGGGCCUCCUGCUGCUGCCGCUGCUGGCUGUAGUGCUGUGCGUGCGGUGCCGAGAGCUGCCAGGCUCCUAUGACAAUACGGCCUCUGACAGCUUGGCCCCAAGUAGCAUCGUGAUCAAACGCCCUCCCACACUCGCCACCUGGACACCAGCCACCUCCUAUCCUCCUGUUACCUCCUACCCACCCUUGAGCCAGCCGGACCUGCUUCCCAUCCCGAGGUCCCCACAGCCCCCUGGGGGCUCCCACCGCAUGCCAUCUUCCCGGCAGGACUCAGAUGGUGCCAACAGUGUGGCGAGCUACGAGAACGAGGGUGCGUCUGGGGCCCCAGGUGCCCUGGUUGCAGGGAGGCUGGGGCCUGGGCUGGGCCCUGCUGAUCGCUGUGUCGUUACCUCAGAGCCCGCCUGUGAGGACGAUGAUGAAGACGAGGAGGAGGAUUAUCCCAACGAGGGCUACUUGGAGGUGCUUCCUGACAGCACGCCAGCGACAGGCACUGCUGUCCCACCGGCUCCCGCGCCCAACAACCCUGGCCUCCGAGACAGCGCCUUCUCCAUGGAGUCGGGGGAGGAUUACGUGAACGUCCCCGAGAGCGAGGAGAGUGCAGACGUGUCUCUGGAUGGGAGCCGGGAGUACGUGAAUGUGUCCCAGGAGCUGCCACCCGUGGCUAGGACCGAGCCUGCCAUCCUGAGCUCCCAGAACGACGACGAGGAAGAGGGAGCUCCAGAUUAUGAGAAUCUGCAGGGGCUUAACUGAGGGUCCGCGUGAGGCCAUGCCUGUCCUCGAACCAGCCUUGCUCGGGAGUGCCGAGCUGGGCAGCUGGCAGUGGCUCUGGGGGGCCCUACUAGGCACCCGACCCUGACUGCAGCCUGAGAACAGCCUGAGAAUCUCCCCCCUUAACUUAUUGUCACUUUGGGGUCCAGUCUGUGUGCCCCCAACACUCUGCACCUUCUGACACAGCCUGAGAAUGAACUACCCUGGCCCCGGCCCUAUUCGGUGGUAGAAUAAAGGCUGGUGUGGUCUGUAGCACUCUUGCCUUUGGGGGGCCCGUGGGGGGGGAGUCCGAGUGAGGGUGGGCUUGCCUGGGCGCCCGUGUGGGAGUUGUCUGUGUGCACGCACGUGUGUGUGUGUGUGUGUCUGGGGGUCUCCAUUCUCCCUGGGCCGCCGUGCUCCUGAGGGUCCUCACCAGCCUUUGGGAGUGACCAAAUGGUGCCUGGGGCACGGCGCUUCGGCGUGAGGCAAGUCCGACCCAGACUGGACCUUCUGGGCUUCGAGGCAUCGAUGCAUCUCCCCCAACGCGAUAGUCCACCGGACCCACGGCAGAUGAUGGCUGGGAUGAUGGGAGGGCAGGGCAUGGGGAACCUUGGGUGCAGAGUGACCUUCGAGAGCAAGACUGCUUCCUGCCGGCCCUCAUUUUCCCCAUCUUUAAAGCAAGGGGGUGGACUUAACCCCAAGCAACUGAAAGGUAAUGUGCGAUGCAGCCUUUUCGGACUCGGGUGUGCAGAUGACUGGGUCUUGCUAAAAUGCAGAUUCCGAAUGAGUAGGUCUGGGAUGGGGCCCGAGAGUCUGCAUUUCAGAGAAACUACCAGAUGCUUCUGAUAGCGCUCUUCCGAGAACCAGACUUCGAGCACCUUCUGGUGGACGCCCUGGUCAUUGUGAUUGGCUCUGGUCUGGGCACGUGACGUAAUCUGGGUCACCGAGGACCAGCCCUGAGACUUGGGCCGCAAGUGACUGGAAGGAGAAGCUCUUUUUGCUCCAUGGCAGUUGGUAAACUGGAAGAAUAUAUUCCUGGCGCUACUUGGCGAGCCUGCCCAAGAACGAAGUCCACGUGGAGGAGAGAAUGGCCUCGAGGUGGACAGGGUGUCGGAAUCUCUGGGUCCAGUCACAUCUGAAGCGAGACACCCCCCUCAGACUUCCCAGUUACAUGGGCCAAUAAAUUACCCGUUGUCUUCA